AUGUCUAUAUUGACGGGAAACGAUUUGCUUCAACGUCUAAGUAAUUACAAUGCCGAGUAUUAUUGUAUAAUCGAAAAGGUUGAAUUUUUCCCUGGUCUCAUUCGUAUUUAUAUUGAUGAACGAGGAGAUAAUUCACUCGGUGCUAUUCAAACUCCAAUGAGUUCAACAUUAGGUAUUGUAAAUGAAUCUUCGCUAUCAGAAGCUAAAAGUCCGAUUGAUGGAAAAUUUUCUAUUAGCGAUGACUCUCGUCAAUAUUUAGGUUAUCUUGAUUUUGCAUUGGAUGAUUCGUUGUUGAACAAUCAAAAUAUUAUUGGUUUUCAAUAUGGCAAUUGCGGUUAUUCAACGGCAAGACUCUUUCGGUUGGAUCAGGAGUUAAUUGAUAGAUAUCAUAUCAAAUCGACAUAG